UCGACGCUGGCUGCGACGCUGGCUGCUUUGCACGUUCUUUGGACUUUCGCAGAGAUUUCACACGCGAUGCGAUUGCAGUUCUUGCAGACACUUUCAUACGCAUAAACUCAAAACACAACAAACAACAACAACAACAACAAAAUGUUUUAUAAUAAAAUUCAUAACAAACACAAGCGUUUUUAAAACAACAACAACAAAUUCAAAUUUAAAUCUACAAAACAACAACAUCUCAACUCAAUAACAACAACUGCAAUGCAACAGCAACCACAACAACAACGGAAACAACAAAAGCAACAACAAAAGCAACAACAACUAAAGCAACAUCAGCAGCAACAACUGAAACAACUACGACAACAACAACAGCUACAACAACAACAACAUCCAACAACAACUAAAACAACAACAACAAAUGCAAUUCUUCAAGUGUGUGUGUGAAAAGAACAGCAACAGCAACAGCAACAACAACAACAACAACAUUUGCAACUGCAACAAGAACAGCGGCAGCAACAACAACAACAAAACUUGCAACAAUUUUCAUGUCUAGUUUUGGGUUCUUUUCUUUUUUUUUUGAACAAUCCUCAAAAUCAACAUCAACAACAUCAACAACAACAACAACAAAUUGCAACGCCCCCAACAACAAAUUGAACUUUGAACUUUCCAACAACAACAACUAAAAGAAAAUGCAAUGAAAAUUCGAAGCAGACAAAACACACGGAAAAUUUAAUGAAGCUGCAAGAUUUUCAUUUUCCAUUUUUUUCGUUCAUCAACAUUUAAAAGUUUUUCGGCAAAAAAAAAACAAAAACAAAAGCGAAAAAAAACUCCCCUCCAAAAACACAAAAAAAAAAAAAAAAUAAAACGCAAAACGAGGAAAAAUUUAUAAAUUUUUUCAGAAAGAACAAAACACGAAAAAAUUUUUGUUUUGGUUGUGCAUGCAAAAAAUUAAAAAAAAAUUUCACUUUUCGAACAGUUUUUUAAACAACAACAACACAACAAGAAAAUAAUUUAACAAAAGUAAAACAACAAAUUUAUAAAAGAAAACAAGAAAAUAUUCAAAAUAAAAAAUACAAAAAUACAACAAAAAAAUUCACACAAAUGCAAAAAGAGGCAACAUCAAGUGACAAAACAACAAAAACAAAUUCAACAUCAGCAACAUCAACAACAACAAGAACAACAAGAACAACAACAACAACAACAUUAACAACAAAGUAUUAAACUGCGGUGUUUGGCGUUUAUGCAUAUUCUUCAAAAUUCUAAAUUUCAACGAAGAAGAAAGCGUGUAAAACUUAAAGAAACCCAUACUCGAAAUCUCGGCGUAUCGAAAAGCGAAUCAGCGAAAAGCUUGACGACAACAACAACAACAACAACAACAACAAGAAGACGAAGACAACAGAAGAAGGAAUCAAAAAACACGCUACAACUCUGGCAGCGCUCUCUGGCUAUUGAAAAAUUGCAACUCUCUCAUUUACUUACACACACACACACACACACACACAUGCACACACACACUCUCUCUCUCAGAAAGAAAACUUGUCGAAAUAUUUGCAACCAACUGGACCAAUUCAAUUUUUAUCGAUAACAACGUAAAAAUCUAAAAGACGAAGAAAAAGCGGAUACGGAUACGGAAAGCAAAAAGAAGCUGAAAAUGUUUACAAAUUGAACAAUUUCUUUCACAAAAUAACAAAACAAAACAAAACAAAAAAGAAAAUCUCUUGAGCUCGAAACGUGGCAAAAAAAAAACAAAACAAAAAAAAACUCAAAACUUUCAAACUCAAAAAGCCAACAAGAAAAUUACGGUUAUUUUUCGGACUUAACAGUGUUGUAAAACGCUCGCAGCAACAAUUUUCGGUGUGCAAAAUCAAAGUGUAAAAAAAAAACUAAUUUUGAACAUAAAUUGCGAAAUAAAGGACAUUCAAAAUUGAAUAAAUAAAAACUGCUGCUGCAAGAAACCACAAGCAACAUCCAGAGCAACAACAACAAAAACAACAAGAACACCUACAAUAUUACUAAUAAUAACAACAACAAUUACAACAAUUAUAACAACAACUAUCAGACCCACGACGCAGAAGACGACCCCGAACAAGAAUCACAAAUCAAUUGAAAAUUGCAACUUAUGGAUUGCUGGACGGGUAACGCCCGACUGGCGAGUGUUUUAGUUUAAGCAGCGUAAGCUGUCACCGACAUGGGCAGUGAGCAAUACUGCUUGAGGUGGAACAAUCAUCAAUCCAACCUGUUAGGGGUGUUUAGUCAAUUAUUACAGGACGGGAGCCUGGUGGACGUUACAUUAGCUUGUUCAGGGGGCCCAUCCAUCAGAGCCCAUAAGGUGGUCCUGUCGGCCUGCUCGUCGUAUUUCCAGAGCCUGUUUCUGCAGCACUCCGAUCCACAUCCAAUUGUGAUACUGAAGGACGUCCGUUUUGCCGAGCUGCAAACAUUAGUUGAAUUCAUGUACAAGGGCGAGGUGAACGUGCAAUAUUGUCAGUUGCCAGCGCUGCUCAAGACAGCCGAAUCACUCAAGGUUAAAGGCCUAGCCGAGAUGACAAAUCAGAAUACGACGUUGCGGGAACCCGAACGGGAACCGGAUCGACUGCGUCCCCAUUCGCAGGCCAGCGGCGGCGGAGCGGGCGGUGGCAGCAAGGCAGCCGAUAGUCCAGCGGCUGCAGCCCUGGAUGCCACAACAGCAUCAGCAGCAGCAGCAGCAGCAGCAGCAGCGGGAGCAACAGCCACAACAGCAGCAGCAACAACAACAGCAGCAGCGACAACAACAACAGCGACAGCUGGAGCAGCGGACAAGAACACAGCGGCAACAAUUGCUGCGGGCAGCACGAGCAGCACAUCAACAACCACAGCAACAGCAAGUACGACAGCAACAAGCACAACAACAACUACAGCAGCAGCCGGAGCCGGAGCGGGAGCGGGAUCAACAACCGCAUCAACGACGGAAACGUCGCUGGGGACGAAGCGAGAGGCAAGCGAACGCUGCAGUCCGACGCCGCCGAAGCGUGCGGCAAGCAGCAGUGCGGUGGCAAGCUCCAGCCAUGUGACAGCCAUCGAUCUGCUCGAGGAUGAGGACGAGGAUGAGCUGGACGAGGAUGACAUGGAGGAUGAUACACCAAUAAUGCCGCUAGAUCUCUAUCAAAGACCCGCCGCUGUCGCUGUAGCCUCUGUUGAGCCGCCUGAGAGCUCAAGUGGCAGCCACAAUAACAACAACAACAACAGCAGCAACAGCAACAACAACAACAGUAGCAGCAAUACCAGCAACAACAACAGCAGCAGCAAUAGUAACAACAACAACAACAACAGCAGCAGCAACAACAACAAUAACAACAGCAGCAGCAGCAAUGCCAAUAGCAGCAGCAACAAGAACAUCAACAACAACAACAGCAGCAACCAAAUGAAGGCCACCUGCUCCUCCUCCUCCUCCGCCUCAGCGACAGCAGCAACAGCCACAGGAGGCGGCUCGCCAAGUGGCAGCAACGGCGACUGUGUUGCAACAGCGCUGACGAGCAGCAAUGUGGUUGCCAUCGACGAUGACGAAGACGACGACGAUGCUGAGGCCGAUGCCUCAGGCGAUGCCGAUGGCGAUGCUGAGAUCGAUGCCGAUGCCGAUGCCGAUGCCGAUGACGAUGAGAUGGAGGAUAACGAUUGCCGGAUAUCGGUGGCCACAGCCCGAGACAUUGCCCAGCGUAUUGCGCAUCACAGCGCUCGAUUGGCGCACGACGAUCGAUCUGCGAACAAUGAUGGCGAUGCCGAUGCCGAUGCCGACGACGAUGACGAUGAUGAUGUCGACGAUGUGCUGCGGGCCGAACACGAGGCAUUGCUGCAUUCACCGGCCACCGCCGGUCGGCUGCAGCCAAAGACCGAGGUGCUCGACGAUGAUUACGAUGAUGAAAUGGAUCUGGACGAUGAUGAUGAGGCGGACAACAGCAGCAACGAUAUGGGCCUCAACAUGAAGAUGUCCAGCAGCGGUGGCGGUGGCGUUGAUCUCUCCACAAGCUCCACCAUCAUCCCAUCGCCGUUGAUCACCUUGCCCUCAUCAUCGGCUGCCGCCGCCGCCGCAGCAGCAGCUGCCGCAGCCGCAGCCGCCGCCGCUGCUGCCGCGGCCAUUGAAUCGGCUCGAUCGACACCGGGCGGUGGCGCCUCCGAUCUUAGCCUGUCCAUGGCACAGUCAGCGCGUCCAGCGUCGCGUUCGUCGCGCGACGGUGGCAACACCAACGACGGACGCGCCUCCAGCCUCAUGAAUCCCGUCGUUGCCGGACUCUUGCCAGUGCAAUCGGUGCCAUUGAGCCUCAAGAAAGAGAUCGAUUGCAGCGAGGACGAUAACAGCAGUCACAGCAGACACAUGCAACCGCGUUCGGCAUCAGCUGGCGGCGGACUUGGCGGCGAUCUCGACUACCGCGCCUCGCACGAGUCGGAAACGUCCGAAUCGCCGCAACAACACGCUGUGGGCGCUGUUGGCGCGGUCCUCGGCGGCGGCAGCAGCAGCAGCAGCUCCGCCUCAGCCGCCGCCGCCGCCGUUGCCGUUGCCGCCGCGGCAGCCGCUGCCCAAGAGCAGCAGCAGCAACAGCAGCAGCAGCAACAACAGCAACAACAACAGCAAUCGCAAUCACAAACUUCGCCACCGCCGCCGAUGCACAUGUGCAUGUAUUGCGGUGCCACAUUCUCCAAUCCAAACAAAUAUACGCGUCACGUGCUCUCGCACUCGCUGAAGACGCUCGAGUAUCGCGAACCGAGCCACACCCAUGCCGCCCUCCUGCAAUCGCAUCUGCUGUCGCACGACCUCAGCUUGAAUGCCUUGGCUCAGGCGUAUCCCUUCCAGAUGAACGCCGCAAUGGCGGCGAGCGCCGGCAGCGCCGAUCCCCAGGAGCAUGUGGCCGCCGUUGCCGCUGCCUUGGGCAUCGAGAUGGACUUCACGCUCCACGGCACCAGUUGCACAUAUCAGAGCUUAACGGCCGGUUGCCUCGAGGCAGCAGCCGCAGCAGCAGCCGCCGGCAGCAGCGGAGCGCCCGGCUCGAGCGGUGCCAGCGGGCGUCUCGGAUUAUCGGGCAGCGGCGGUGGCGGUGGCGGUGGCGGAGGCGGAUCAUCGACAUCGGGCAACGGUGGCUUGUCUGCUGCAUCGGCUAGCCUCUUGCUUGGCGGGGGCGCAGCGGGCGGUGGCGGUGGCGGUGGUGUUUUGUCUGGUGCUGUUGUUGGUAGCUCAGGCGGUGGCAGCGGCGGUGGCGGUGGCGGCUCAUCGUCGCCCUCAACGUCCGCCGCAGCGUCGGCAGCGGCGCAGUCCGGCUCGUCGGCCGCCUCGUUGCUCGGCGCGUCAAGUGAUCCGAAUAGUGUUGUCAUGUGUAAGUUCUGUGCUAAAAGUUUUCCCGAUGUUACAUCACUGAUCACGCAUUUGUCGGUACAUACAGGUGAUCGACCAUUUAAAUGUGAGUUUUGUGGCAAAGCGUUUAAGCUGCGCCACCACAUGAAAGAUCAUUGUCGCGUGCACACGGGUGAACGUCCCUUCAGAUGCCACAUGUGCGGCAAAACGUUCUCGCGCUCGACGAUCCUCAAGGCGCAUGAGAAAACGCAUUUUCCCAAAUAUGUCCGGAAGUUUUUGUCACCCAGCCCGGUCGACACAAAGGAUGAGCUACCGCAAUAGUGAAACGAUUUUAGUUUGUUAUUAAAUUAUUAUUAUUAUUACUACUACUAUUACAAUAAUAAUAACAACAAUAACAACAACAACUCUAAUAACAACAACAACAACAACAACAGCAGCAGCGGCAGCAAUGCAAACUUUAUGCAUAGCAACAACAACAACAACAGUAACAACUACAACUACAAUUGAUGUGAAGGAGACAACAACAACAGCAUCAGCAGCAGCAGCAGCAGCAACAACAGCUGCGAAAAAGAGACAACAAUAUAUAUAUAUAUUUGACUUACUUAAGCGAAAAGCGCAAAGCUUAGAGACACACACACACACACACACACACACACACACAUAGACACAGACACACACAUACAGACACAAGAUGUACAUACAUAUUUUAUUAAUUAUAUUAUACAAAUAACUAAAAACGAGGCAAACACACACACACACAGAAAAUAACUGCAAAUAGAAUUUGCUCUUUUUAACUGAAGCGUAGCGUGUAGAAAAGAGACAACCAUACAUACACACAUAUAAAUAUUACAAGUGAAAUGAAGUGAGAAGAACGUAUAUACGCGAUUCUGAUUUUUAUAGCAAAUCAGAUAUAUAUGUGAAAUUGUUGAACUUUAUACCAAGAGCGAUAAUAUUUUUUUUUUCUUUAUGUAAUUCCCACUCCCACACACACACACACUUACAUACACAGACACCCUCACUUUUUGUCUCUAUUAAACAUAAAGGAAAUUUCGAGUUAGAAGAAAGAAAGAGAAAAUAUGUUUAAUUUGUAAUUUUAGUGAAGCGAAAGUGAAACCCAAGCAAAAAGUUUAAGCGUUGAUCAUAUAUACAACAUACAACAAGAACAUUUUUUUUUUCUAUAAAAUAUUUUAGUGAAGAAGCGUGAACAGCGUGGAGAGUUGUAGCAGGAAUCUAAUUACAAUUGUUAUACAUAUGCAUAUGUCUAUAAUAAUUUUGCAGAAAUUGAAAUAUUUUAAUAAAUAUAUGCAUAUGUAUAUACAUGCAUAAGAGAACGUAAGACAUAUAUAUAUAUACAUACAUAAAUGAAAAUAUUACAAAACAAAAACCUAAAAACUGACAAAAAAAAAAAAACAAAAAAAAAAAAAAAAUAAUGAUGAUGAUGAUGAUGAGAGAAAAGAAAUCCGCAAAAAGUAAAGUAAAGAAAAAUAUACUAAAUUAUAAUGAUAUAUACAUAUGUAUGUAUACAUAUACAUAUACGAUAUAGAUAUGAUAUAGAAAAAGAACAGUGAACACGUGAUGUAACUUUUUAAGUAAUGAUUAUCAUGAUGCAAGCAGCAGCACAUCGUGAAGUUGAUGGCGAGCGACGAUAUUAGCGAGAGAUGAUGGUAAUAAACAAUAUAUGAAAAAACAGAAAACAGAAAACAAAAAGAAAACUACAAUUAGUUUAAAAGUGAAAGAUCUGCAUAGGUACAUACACAAACACACUCACACACACACACACUCAUACAGAGAAACGCGCGCGCAGAAGAAUAUAUAAUAUGUAUACAUAUACACUAUAUACAUAUAUAUAUAUAUAUAAAUAUUUUAGAGACACAACAAAAGCAAAGCAAAGCAAAGUGAACUGUCAAGAAACAAAAAAAAAGUGUAGCAUACUUUUCUGCAGAGCAACUCGAACGUUUACCGCAUACAUAUCCCCACACACACACACACACAUACACACACACACACGGACACUUAGAAGAGUGGCUUCUUAGGCUCUAUAUAUAUAGUAUAUAUAUAUAUAUAUAUACUGAACUAGUACCUAAUGCGAUACUAUUAAUAGCAAGAACUUUGCCGCAACAUUUUGAUCGAUUUGUAGCAAUUGAUAAUAAAUGAACAAAUAUUCAAGUUAGCCCCCAACAAAUACACACACACACAUUGUAUAUAUGUAUGCGAGAAAAUAUAUAUUACUAAUUUUUAGCCACAUAUACAUAUAUGUACAUAGUAUACAUCAAGAAGCAGCAUCUAAUGUGACGGAAAGGAAAAAAACACACACAGAACAGAAGAGAACAGCAAAAAAUUUUGGAAUUCAAAUCAUGGAAUACAGACAUACGCGUGAAUUAUGCAAAGCAGCAGAAUUACAUAGAAUAUCUGUGAUCUUAAAUAUAUAUACAUACGAUACACAAUAACAUAUACAUAUAUACACAUACAUACAACAAAUAUAUACACAUAUAAUGAAAAUAAAUCAACUUUAGACCAGUGGGAAAACAAACAACAACAACAACAACUAACAAUUAAUAGACUCAGAAAACAAACAACAAAAAAAACUAAUUACAGCAUGUGUAGGCAAGCUUAAUACGCAUAGGUCUUUAUAUAUAUCAGAUAUAUCAGAGGGUUUAGCCGACUUUUAUUGAAUCAAUUCGAAAAUCACUCUUCUCUGCAGAUUUUCUUUUUUCUUUUGUGUCAUAAUUUACUACCAAAUUUAUGAAACUCCGCAAAAGCAUUCAGCUUUUGUUCGUAAUGAAACCCUGUAAAAGCAUUCAGCUUUUGUUCACUCACACACACACACACACACAUUCACAUUGCUGACAAACACUGACAGAAAUACGUUUUUUUUUUUAUUGUUUCAAAAUGGCGCUUCAAAUUUUUGACUUCUCGUUUACUUUGCUUUGAAUGAACUUUGAAUAUCAAUUAAAACACAUUGAUAAUCAGUUAUAUAUAUAUAUAUAUAUAUAUAUAUAUAUAUGUAUAUGUAUACCUGCAUAUAUAUAUUUUUUUGUAUUUUUUAGUUGUGAAAACUAAGAAAAGAAUUACCAACCAUUUUGGCUAAACAUUUGCAAGAAUUAUGGAAAACAACAAAAUUAAUUGCUAGUAUUUUAGGCGAAAUAGAAAAACAAAGAAAAUAAUUGUUUGUGUUAUUAUGUUUAUCUUUAUUGCUAUGAAUACGACAAAUUAAAGUUUUCUUUUUUUUAUUUUAUACUUUUUUUUUUUUUUGGCAAUACACUAAGUGGUCGAAAUGUCGCAUUAAAAAGUGUCGAGUUCCCCUCAAAAACAAUUGCAAAAUUCCCGAUACACAAUUCUGAAAUCUGAAACUUGUUGUAUAGCCCCAGUGCCUGUGAAAACACACACACACACUCAUACACACACCAUCAAAGCAAACAAACAAAAUAUAUACAAAAUCGAUCUCAAAAUUAUAACAAACAAAAAAAAAAAAAAAACACAAAAAAAAACAAAUUAUAUUAUAAAUGUAUAAUGUAUGCACGAAUAUUUGGGGCUCUGGCCAGACUAUAUAGAGAAGACGUUAGGCGUCCAUGGGCGAUAUUCUGGGAUCGGUUCAGAUUUCCGAUCUGAUAUUGUUAACAGCAGCAGCAGCAGCAGGCGAAGGCAACAACAAAAUGCGCACACUUCAAAAAAGAAAACAAAAAAACAAAAAACGAAAACGCACGCUAGACAAAAUUCAAAAUUCUAAAUUUUAAACCAAAACAAAAGAACAAAACAAAAAAAAACGCAAAACUUUUUCGGCAAACACAAAAAAAAAAAAAAAAAAAAAUCGAAAAGAAAACCCCAAAAAAAACAACUAAAAAAAACUUUGGAUUAAACAAUUUGGCUGUGAUAGCAUUAACAAAAAACAAAAACAAAACAAAACAAAAAACAACAUGAAUGAGCAUGUGAAUAUUUAAAGCAUAAAUAAAAGAAAUAAAAAACAAAAUGGAAUUAAAAGAAGAGAUUUUCGCUUUGCAUUUUGAAAACAAUGGAAAUGGAAAACGAAAAGCUGGCGCCAUGAAAAAUUUUGUUGUUGGCUUAUUUUCUCGCAGGGAGCGCAGUAUUAGAGAAAAACAAGACACAGAAAGUGAAAAAACCCAAUAAAAAAAAAAACAAGGAAAACAGGCAUCAAUUCGUAAAUUGUGAUGUUCAAUUGCAAAAUGGAAAACAAAAAUAACUUUUGCAUAAACAAUAACAAUUAUAAUAAUAACUUAAAACAUAAUCAUUAAUAUCAUAAAGAAAUAUGAGGAAAGCAAACAAAAUUUAACGUUUAGGAACAAAACAAAACCAAAAUUGUGAUUUUCGGCCUUUUAGAAACAAAAUUAUUAAAAAAAUAAGAAAAACAAAAAACAAAAGUACUACUCAAUAAUUAAUUAAAUUAAUAACUAAUAAUAAUUAAAACGUAACCAAAAAACAAA